CUAAUUCUAGAGCCCAACCUAAUGCAUUAGGCCGACCUUUAUAUAUCCCUCUUAUAGACCCAUAAAACCCAAGCGUAACCCCUCUCAUCGCUAGGGUUUCAUUUCCUGUGAGAGAGUCAGAGAGGCGCCGUUUGGAAGCUCGGAAAACACAGCAAUGGCGAGAAUCAAGGUUCACGAGUUGAGGCAGAAGAACAAGGCAGACCUUUUGACACAGCUUAAGGAUCUCAAGGCCGAGCUCGCUCUCCUUCGAGUGGCCAAGGUCACCGGCGGUGCACCCAACAAGCUCUCCAAGAUUAAGGUGGUGAGGCUAUCGAUCGCUCAGGUAUUGACGGUCAUAUCCCAGAAGCAGAAGGCUGCUCUAAGAGAAGUUUACAAGAACAAGAAGUUCUUGCCACUCGAUCUCCGUACCAAGAAGACCAGGGCUAUUCGCAAAAGGCUUACAAAGCAUCAGUUGUCUUUGAAGACUGAAAGGGAAAAGAAGAGGGAAGUCUACUUCCCCAUGAGGAAGUACGCCAUCAAGGUGUAGGGUUGGUUUUAUUACUAUUUAGGUCAUGGUAUCUUUUGUUUACAGACCUUAUUUGGUUGACAAGUUUUGUCUUUUCUUCACUCUUCGAUAGUUUUGUUACUAGACCUGAAUUUGCGUUAAAUUUUAUUCUGUAACUUGGGGAGGACUUGUCUCAAGCUAAACUGAGUUAUAUAUAUUUUUUUAAAUUGGUAGUUAAUAUUUGUUUUUUCCUAA